UUUUGAUCACGUGAUCUGUCAGUGAUUUAGAAACACAGAGAGAAAUUGAGACGACUCUGCCUCAGGGAUUUUAAAUUUGUUAAUUGCGUUUUAAAUACUACAUAUUUAGUUAAAAUGACAACUCAGCGAGCUUAUCCACAAAGUAAAGAAGCUUUGUUAAAGUCUUACAUGACAAGGCUUAAAGAUGAUGUGAAAUCUAUACUUGUGAAUUACGAAGAAAUUGUAAAACUCGCCAAAACAGAUAAUGAAACACAAUUGUCACGAAUGACGCAAUGCGAACAGGACACAUUUGAAAUGCACGUGAGAGCGGCAAAUAUUGUCAGAGCCGGUGAAUCCUUGAUGAAAUUAGUAUCGGACAUAAAGCAAUAUUUAAUUCUCAAUGAUUUUCCUUCAGUGAAUGAAGCAAUAACACAAAACAGUAAACUCUUUAGAACAAAGCAACAGGAAUGUGAUCAAAAAUUGGCUUCUCUGAGAGACGAUAUGGCUGCUGAUUUAUAUGAUUUAGAAGAAGAGUAUUAUACCUCUAUAUAUAAAUAAUAAUUUAGGAAGUUAAAGAAAAAACAUUAAGAUUUAUU